CCUUUCUUAUGUGGCGACCUCUAUCGAUUUACCUGUUAAAGGUGAAUCAAACCUGAUAACAGGAUAAUUAUUUAAGACAAAACUCAUUUUUAAAAAGCUAUGUCUGUUUUAAGAAGAUUUAAUGAUGUCCAAGGGUUUAUAGUAAUAGUUUGGUUGUUGCCAAUAUCUGUUAUAUUCCUUGGUAUCAGCAUUGGCUUACCUAGGUGGACUAAGGAUUACUAGUAAGUAUUGUUUUGUUCAGGUUGAUGUGAUGAUAAGUGAACAAUUUGUAAACCAAAAAGCGAAGGAAGAUGGCAACACACAGGAUUAUGGGCAGGAUGUCUUGGGGAAAGAUGCUUUAAAGCUGGAGAAUGGGCGGAAGGCAACUAGAGUAUUUAUUAUUCUUGGAGCGGUUUGUUCUUUAGCAUCAGAGCUGAUAUUAGCAGUUGGAACAGGUGCUGCUGCUGUUUUCACUCUGAUCGGCGUAGCUGUUUUCACAGCUAAAAAGGAGGAUGGAUCAAUUUUAGAAUACAAAAUCGGAGCAUCGUUCGUUCUGGCUCUAAUAGCAACUUUUAUUAAUACAAUUUGUUUUGGUCUUGUCUUUUAUUAUGAACCUCCUGUUAAAGAAAGACAGGUUGAUUUCCCAGAAGUUGCUGAACCAGCCGCACCUAACUGGCAGCAGAGAACCGAUUACAACCCUAGAUACGCAGAACAGUACGAAGGAGGAGGCGGCUAUAAUGAAAAAAACCAGGAUGGCUACAAUGGGGAUUAUCAAGGAGACUAUCAGGGUCAACAUCCUAGCUAUAGUGGCUAUCCAACUCUGGGUUAUCGAGAAGAUAGCCAAAUAUAA